AUGUCAAUGGCAUCUUCAGCUUUCUUGGUACCCUUUUCAGAGUACUCAGCUUCAAGACCACUGUCUUCUCUCUCUUACUGCCAUCAGUUCUCUGUUCGGAGCUUCCCGGCUCCUGCAUACAACUCUCAUCCCAGAUCAGGAGCUGCCAGUUUCUGUCAAAGAUUUUGUGGCUUAAAACUGUGGAUACUUGAGAGUCUUAAUCUACAGCAGCACAAGAGAAAACCAAAACAAAAAAAUGAGUUUAAGAGUAUGAAAAAUCUAGAUGAAGAUCACUCAUCUAGUCAUAUUGAAACUACUUCAUCACUUGAAGAGCAAGCUUCUGAUGGAACACGAAUUAAGUUGGGGCAUGUGUCCGAUUCUGUGCAAUCUCCUAUCUCUUUGCCACAGACACAUUCCUCCAAGUUUCCAAGGGAUGGCACCGGAGGACCCUCACUCUGCAUAGCUGUCAUAGGAGCUACAGGUGAGUUGGCAAGGAGGAAGAUCUUUCCAGCACUGUUUGCUCUGUAUUACAGUGGGUUUCUUCCUGAGAAUAUUGGUAUAUUUGGUUAUUCAAGAAAGAAUUUGACAGAUGGAGAUCUAAGAUAUACAAUAGCUUCAACUCUGACUUGCCGAGUUGACCAUCAAGAGAACUGUGGGGACAAAAUGGAUGCUUUCUUGAGUAGAACAUAUUACAUUAAUGGCGGUUAUGACAACAGAGAGGGGAUGUCAAGGCUCAAUUCCCUGAUGGAGCAGGUUGAGGGUGGAUCUGAAGCAAACAGGAUUUUUUACCUUUCUGUACCACAAGAAGCACUUAUAGAUGUUGCGUCCUCUCUUGCUGAUACUGCCCAAACCUUGAAGGGUUGGAACCGUAUAAUAAUUGAGAAACCAUUUGGCUUCGAUGCAUUAUCAUCUCAUCGGUUGACACAGUCUCUCCUUUCCAAGUUUAAGGAGAAUCAAAUAUACAGGAUUGAUCAUCUCCUUGGAAGGAACCUGAUCGAAAAUCUCACAGUUCUAAGAUUUUCCAAUCUAGUUUUUGAGCCACUAUGGAGCCACAAGUACAUACGGAAUGUACAGAUUGUCUUAUCGGAAGAUCUGGGUGUACACGCAGCAAGGUAUUUUGAGGGUUAUGGGAUCAUUCGUGACAUAGUACAUAGUCAUAUACUCCAAACAAUAGCAUUGCUCGCCAUGGAACCACCUAUAGGUCUUGAUGGUGAAGAUAUUCGAAAUGAAAAGGUCAAGGUUUUGAGGUCAAUUCGUAAACUGGAACCUAGUGAUGUUAUUCUUGGCCAGUACAAAGCCAGCACGAAGGAUAAGGUUGAUAUGUAUACAGAUACUCUCACGCCCACAUAUUUUGCUGCUGCAUUACAUAUUGACAAUGCACGCUGGGAUGGUGUGCCUUUCUUAGUCAAAACUGGAAUAGGGCUCAUUCAACACAGGGUGGAGAUACGUAUACAGUUCCAUCAUGUCCCAGGAAACCUUUAUCGUGAGCGAAUGGGGCAUAACAUCGACCUUGCUACCAAUGAGCUGAUUUUACGUGAUGUUCCAGACGAAGCCAUCCUCAUCAGGGUCAAUAAUAAGAUUCCAGGACUGGGGUUGCACUUGGAUUCCCCAGAACUAAAUUUGCUUUACAAGGACAAGUAUAAUGUAGAGGUACCUGAUUCGUAUGAGCAUCUCCUUCUCGAUGCCAUUGAUGGAGACAGCCAUCUCUUUAUGAGAAGUGAUGAGGUCUCAGCUGCGUGGAAUAUUCUGACUUCAGUUCUCCAGGAGGUAGACAAGAACAAUAUAGUGCCCGAGCUGUAUGAGAUGGGAGGAAGAGGUCCAAUUGGGGCAUACUAUUUGUGGGCAAAACAUGGAGUUCGAUGGGCAGAAGACUAG